UUACUCAUUCCUUUGCUUUUAAUUACCUAUUUUUUUAUUCUAAUUUUUUUCUUCCUUCUUAACUUAUCAUUCCUUUUUUUUUUCCUUCCUUUUCUUUCCUUCCUUACUCAUUCCUGCUUCCUUAUUUCCUCCUUUUUCUUCUCUUUCUUUUAUCCUUACUUCAUUUCCUUUUACUUUUAUGCCUUUUAUUUUUUUCCUUUUUUUCCUUCUUUCUUUCUCCUUAUUCAUUCCUUUUUCCUUUUUUCCUUCCUUUCUUUUCCUUACUUCAUUCCUGCUUUUAUACCAUUUUUUUCUUCCUUUCUUUCUCCUUACUUUUUUUCAUUCCUGCUUUUAUAA